AGCAACCAGGUGAAAGCGAGAACUUUGAGGAAGUAAAUAUCUGAAGAAUUAGUCAGCAGUGGGUCCUUUCCAGCACCAAACAAGCCGUGAGAAAGCACAGACCGUGUGUGUCACAGUCCUGAUCUGUUCCGUGAGGAAACAACUGAAUCCCACAUACGUGAAUUGUUUGGCUCCGAAGACAAAUGAUGCGCGUCCCUACUCCAAAGAGUCCUAAACGAUCUGGACGUGUUUCCAUGGCAACAGUGAUGUUGUUUAUGGGUGUGGUGGUCCUGUUGAUCCUGAUCCAACCGGCUGCAGCAGAGCGUCCCGAACGUUCUCUCCUUUCCAUAUUGGGAGACGAUGAGGAUGGGACAGAAGAGAUUGAGGACACUGCAGGUGAGGCCCAAGCGGAUGGAGAGCAUUUCCGUGUGGCACGUUCUCUUCAUGGGUGGUGGCUGAGCGCAAGAUGUCCCUGUGUGCGAUACUGCACGAGGAGGAGCUGCAGUGGAUGGUGGUGGAGGCGUCGCUGCAGUGAGACCCGUUACUGCUGUGAGCGCGAUUGUGAUUUUAUCGUGCACUAAGUACAAGCCAAGCCAAGCAAUGUGUUGGUCUCUCAUAAAAUUAAAAUUACCGUAGUAACUGACUACACAUUGCGGCUAUUAUCCUGAAUCUCAAUUCAGAGUAGAAAGCUAACUACAAGGUAUACCUUAAGUUUGACAAGUCAUAUUGAAGCCGAGCAUGGAUACUGAGGAACUGAUAGAUAUCCAUCAGUAUAUAAGAUAUUUCUUACUUUAAAUUUAACUAUAACCAGUGAUAUUCAAUGUUAACCUAUGGUUGGUCAGGUUCUUUCAUUUCUCAUAAGCACUCUUCAGACUUAUAAUGUGCUGUCUUCUCACCAAUGACUAAAAUCAUGGUGCACAUGGAGUGGCGUCGUAGAAACUUUCCUUACAAAACCGCUAGAUGUCGCUGUUACAUGGACGAUAAGGCAUAAAUCAGACAUGACCAAGGUUGUUCAUAGACAAUAUACAAUACAGUGCUGAAUAUUAUAUCUAGAUAUUGUUAAUACGAUGACAACAUAAUAUGGACUUGAGUAGCUAUCGCUUCAGUUUUGUUUGUAUGGCUGUUUACUGACUUGCUGUAAAACGUACUAGUACUGUAGAUUUAGAUCCAUUGAGAUAUUUGACAUAAAGAUAGGGCUGAGAAGUCACAAGGGGAA